AUGUCUCAGAAGAUAUCGUCCACGCGCUCCGGUGAUGAUACUUUCGAGGGUCUUUCGGUCGAGGAGAGGAAGAGGAUGACGAAGCGGGUGUUGUGGAAGUUCGAUUGUUAUAUUUUGCCUCCGCUCGCUUUGCUGUGGUUGGCGAAUUUUAUUGAUCGGACUAAUGUGGGGAAUGCGAGAAUCGCGGGAUUACAAACAGAUACACACCUCGUCGGAAACCAAUUCAAUAUCGCACUUGCAGUCUUCUACAUCCUGUACAUCCUCUCCGAGCUCCCUUCGAACUGGGUGCUCAAAAGGAUGGGCGCCAACCGCUGGCUACCGUUCCUCAUCUGCAUUUGGGGCACGGUGACGACACUUUCUGGUCUGGUGCAGAAUUUCGCGGGGUUGACGGCGGUGAGGAUGAUCCUGGGGAUGUGCGAGGGUGGGUUGUUGCCUGGAAUGAUAUUGUAUCUGAGCACGAUUUAUAGGAGACAUGAGCUUCAACUUAGAGUCGGGAUUUUCUAUGCCUCAGCUUCCCUAUCCGGUGCAUUCGGAGGACUUCUCGCUUCUGCCAUCAUCCGUAUGGAUGGCAUCGGCGGCCUAGCAGGCUGGAGGUGGAUCUUCAUCCUCGAAGGCAUCGUCACCGUUCUUUUCGGUGUCAUGGCGGCUUUCGUCAUGCCCGCCAGCAUCCAAUCCGCCAAUUUCCUUACCCCAGAGGAAAAGCGGUUCGCUCUACAUCGCUUCCGGAUGUCAGAGCGAACGGCAAACAGCGCUCCGCUCUCAGAACCGUCGCAGCGGAUCACGACGACGGAAAAAGAAGAGAAAGACUUGGAAGAAGUUCGGGCGGAGGUGUAUGAUCCUAAUGCGAGUAAUGACCGUGAGGAGCCUGUCGUGCACCAGGAGGAAGAGCAGUUUGAAUGGCGAGAGGUUGUUCGAGGGUUGGUGGAUGUUCAAGCCUGGCUGACGGGGAUCGCAUAUUUUGGCAUUAUCGUCAGCAUCUACUCAUACUCACUAUUCCUACCUACAAUCAUCAGCGAGCUCGGAUUUUCCGGUGGUGAGGCCCAGCUUCGUACCGUGCCGCCGUACGUUCCUGCAGCGGUCUUGACGGUCGUAGUGGCCUAUUUAUCUGACCGCUUCAAACUUCGUGGACCAAUGAUCCUGAUCUGUCUGCCAUUGACCAUUGCCGGUUAUAUUGUGGCCAUCUGUGCCACCAGCAACCAAGUACGCUACGCGGCUGUCUUUAUGAUGGCUACUGGGAUAUAUCCGACCGGACCAUGCAUCCUUUCUAUCCUCCCCAACAACAGUAGUGGGCAUUACAAGAAGGCAACCACUAUCGCACUUCAGCUUGCCUUCGCGAAUACUGGGGGAUUUGUUGCCACUUUCUCGUACACACAAGAUCAAGCUCCCGCAUACAUCAGAGGCCAUUCCAUAACCCUCGCUUUCGUCGUCCUGGCCUGGAUAUUCGUCGCACUCAACGUUACAUAUUGUGCCUGGGAGAACAAAGCUCGCGCGGAUGGUCGCCGUCAGGAUAACAUCCUGAAAUAUCAAGAGCUGUGGGACUCUGGCAAGACGAGAGCUCCCAUCGGGGACCGUCAUCCAGAUUUUCGGUUUACUCUGUGA